AUGGGCGACGCACGUCUUGAUCACGAGAUGAGCUCUGAGGCCUUUAGGUCGGGCAAGGACGUGUUUACCAUCCUCGUCACUGGCUUUGGCCCCUUUCGCGCACAGUAUCCCGUCAACCCGUCGUGGGAGAUUGCCCGCAGCCUGCCCGCCUACCUGCCGCCGCUGCGCGCCAAGGACCUCGCCGCCCGGCCGCCACCGUCCGCUGACGGCGCCGACGACAACCUGCCCGCCGUGCGCAUCCUCGUGCACCCGGAGCCGAUCCGCGUAACCUACGAAAACGUCCGCGCGCUGGUGCCGACCUUCUGGGACGGCACCUACGGCUCCGGCGGCGAGGACGGCCAGCAGCAAGCGCCGCGGAUCGACGCCGCGGUGCACAUCGGCAUGGCCAGCGCCCGUCCGCAGUACGCGCUCGAGCGCCGCGCCCACCGCACCGGCUACCUCAAGCCCGACGUCGACGGCGAGCUGCUCGAGGAUGAGCGGCCGGGCCGGCGCGACCCGGGCGCCGGCUGGAUCUGGGAGGGCCUGCCGGACGAGCUCGACAGCGCCCUGGACAUUCCCGGCGUGUACCAGCGCUGGAAGGACCUCGGUUCGCCCGACAUGGACUUGCGCAUCUCGGACGACCCCGGCCGGUACCUCUGCGACUUCAUAUACUACUCCAGCCUGGCGACGCUCCGCAGGCAGGAGCGGCCCGGCAAGGUCUGCUUCUUCCACGUGCCGGCCGACGCCUCGGACCUGGCCGUGGAGCGCGGCCGCGACCUGGCGCUCAACCUGAUCCGCUCCAUCGCCGAGACCGAGAUUGCCGAGAGGAAGAAGGGCGCCGCCGCAUGA